UCCUGGUCGCUUGCCCGAAAUCCCCAGCUCCUUCCUUUACAGAGCCUAUAAAAGAGGCGCUGCUGGAAGCGUACAGGGUCCCGGCUGCAGGCUGCUGGGGCUAGUGAGGUAGGGAAAAGGGGAGGACACAAGAACGAGGGGCCAAGGAGGCCAAAGAGAGCAACAAGAGUGAUGGGGUGCGGGGCUUCUAAGCCUCUGGAAGAGCAACGACCGGUACCGGAGCCUAAGAAAGGCUGGGAGGAAGGGAGCGAGAUUGAUGUUGGUGAAUCUCACAGACCUGUAAAUGCUGGGCCUUGGGAUGGGUUAGCAAUGUCUCAAACUAUUGUGGAUGGUGAAUUUGGAAUAGAAGAUGAUGUCUUGAUGGGAAGCUUACCUGGAACCAUUCCAGAAAAUUCACCAUCUCUUGAUGAAAGAAAUAAAGAAGUAAAUACAGAACCAGUAAUCAAUGGAUUAAUCGGUACAUCCCAACAACUCCAGAAUCGAGAGAGACCAAAGUCAUCAGACAUCUUGGAGGAACUGAUCAUUCAGGGAAUAAUACAAAGUCAAAGUAAAGUAUUUAGAAAUGGAGAAUCAUAUAAUGUCAUGGUGAACACAGAUGAGAAGCCUCUCAGGAAGCCUCCUGCCAGAUUAGAAAAACUUAAGAGCAAAAGGGAAACAAAUGGUUUCACAAUAAAAAAUAUUGAAGACAAGAUGAAGGCUGCAGAUGAAAGGAGGAAGGUUAAAGGUGAAGAAAUGAAAAAAAGACUGAGAAGUGACAGGCCUCUGCCACCGAUUCUUCCUUCAAACACAGCAGAAAUGAGAGAGGAUGACACUUCAAUUGACAAAGGAUUUAAUGCUAUAGACUCUGCUAUGUUUCAGCCCUCUACCAUGGAAACAGGAAGGCAAGUGAAAAGGAAAAAAAGUAUUGAGAAAGGCAAAAUGGCCUCACGUGAAAUAAAUCAAAGUUAUGACGUCUUUGGGAUUGUGGAAUCUGAUGUACACUACAACAGUCCCGAAGAUGUAUUCUGAUUCACUGGCAGUCCACUCUAGGGGCUCUACUCUAAUUGCUAUUCCCCUAUUUUUUAUAAUUCUUUUUAAAAAGUCUUUGUGCUGCCCCUUUACUAUCCUCAUGCAAAUCUUACUGCAGUACUUGGUUCAGUGGGCAAUGAUAUGUAUUGCUUGGCUCCACUGUUAGUACUCCAGGCUUCAGAGAUUGUUGAUGUCAAGGUUUCUGGUUUCCCAUACAGUCCAAACAAAGAGAGGGAGGAAGAAGCAGCAGCCCCAUGAGGAAGCCUACUGCCCUGAUGCCUAUGAUCAGUUCAGGCUCAGCUAAGCACUUCUUUGCUCAGUCUAAUUCUACCAUCUGGGCCUUUCCUUUCAAUGCUAAGCAAGUGAAUGAGAUCAUCAGUCUGAAGGUGUGUUGCAGCAAUUGAAAGAUAUUGUUGUAUAAUAGGAAAAGUCCUAAAAUGUUCAGAGAGGUUUGGUUUUGAAUUUUAUUGCUGACACUUUCUAUCUAUGGGACCUUGAACUAGGGAAUUAAUGUCUCCAGGCCCCAGUUUCUUCAUCUAUAGAAUGGGGAUAGAAUAUCUACAAUGCAAAUUUCUCUAGUUGUGAGGAUCAAGUGAGAUCAUUCAUUCAUUGAAUAAUCAUUCACGAAACACCUAAAUGGGCUAGUCAUUGUAGAAGACACAGGAAUUAAAAGAUAAAACCAAUACAGCCCCUGCCCUAAUCCUUGAAAGAAGUUAAUGAUUUUAUAAACUGGAAAGGUGGCAGACUUAGGGUUUGGCAUUAGACACAUAUUUUUGUAUACAGUCAGUGAGGGAAUUUGUUUUGCUUGACUGUAAUGGGCCAAAACAUUACACUUGACUAUGCAUAUUUGUUACAAAAAAUUUUGGUUUUCUUAUUUUUUUCCCCAAUAGGAUGAAGGUGGGAGGGAAAGAAAACACAUUUCUCUUAGGGUUUUUUGGUUUGUUGUUUUUUUUUUUUUUAAUAGAGAGGUGGAGGAGCUAAGGAUAUGAAAUAUUGUAUACACUUUCAGAUGAACUCACUGGAUUAUUAGCUUUUACUUUAUCACAAGAGAUUUCUCACAAAGUGGGAAUGAUCUUUAAAUGUUUUUGAUGUGAAAACAAAACAGCAAGAAAAAAAAUUGAGAGGAAGUACAUUCUAAGCAUGGGAAAAAGCAUAGGCAAAAAAAAAAAAAAAGGAGAUGGAAUGUUGUGCGUACGGGAAUAUUAAAAUGGACAACUUUGAUUAAAAUGUUGAAUGAAAGAAGUAGGACUGAGAGUUCUCAAAUGUUUUUGGUCUUAAAACUUGUUUAUGCUCUUAAAAAUUAUUGAGAAUUCCACAGAGUUUUUGUUUAUUGGGUUAUAAUCAUAUUUAUUCUAUGAGAAAUUAAAACUGAUCAUUUAAAAAUAUCAAUUCAUUUGAAACAAUAAUCCCAUUAAGUGUUAAUAUAAAUAGUAUAUUUUGAAAAAUUACAUUUUCCAAAACAAAAAACAAUUAGUAAGAAGAGUGGCAUUGCUUUACACAUUUUUAAUAAACUCUGUAAUGUCUGGCUUAAUAGAAGGCAGCUGGAUUCUCAUAUUUGUAUCUGUAUUCAAUCUGUUGUGUCAUGUUAUUUUGGUUGAAGUAUAUGAAGAAAAUCUGGCCUCAUACAGACAUGUAGUUGGAAAAGGGAGGAGUAUUUUAAUAAGUAAGUACUUAGUAUUAUCAUGAAAAUAACUGAUGUUGCAGACCCCCCAGGAUCUCAGGAACUCUCAGGGAUCUGCGGAUCACACUUUGAGAACUAUUUAACUUAUCAUACUUGAUAUUGUUGAAAUAGACUAAUGUGCACUAAGCUUGGGGAGGUAAACUGGAGACUAAGAAGGUCUUUAUGCCAAAAAGAGAAGUGUGUGUUUUAUACUAGAGGCAACUGAAAGAUCUUAAAAAAGCAAGUGACAGGUCCAGACCAUUGCUUUAAGAAUAUCAUUUUGCAGUUGCUCAGAGAAUUGGGUUAAAGAGAGGAGAGAGGAGAGCCAAAGAGAACAACCAGAAAGCUGUUGCAAUAAUCCAGGUGAGAAGUGAUGGUUUGAUGCUAUGGAACAGCAUAAACAAAACUUGAUAUUUGACUGGAUAUAAGUAGUAGAGGGAAUUUGAGCAUAAUCACUAGGUUACAAACCUUGUUGACCAGAAAGAGGAAAAUGACAAAGAAAAGAACUUAGUUAUUAUUAUUAUUAUUAUUACUGUUUUAUUUUUAUUGGAACUUCUAAAUCCAUCCCAUUACCAACAUAUCAUUCUAGGACAAUUCUACAAAAUAAUAGCUAGCAUUCAUUUAGAUCCUUAAAGUUUUCAAAGCACCUUGCAUAUGUUAUCUCUCAUUUAGUUCUAACAACAACCCUCAGAGGGGUAAGAUGUUAUUAUCCUCAUUUUACAGAUGGAGAAACUGAGGCUCACAAAAGUUAAAUGACCUGAAUUGGUUAUAUAGAGUGUAAGAGUCUGGAGCAGGAUUUGAAUUCAGAUUUUCUUGAUUCCAAGUCUAGCAUUAUAUUCAUUGUACCACAUAGCUGCCUCUGCCCCAUAGCUUAAACGUAUUAGAUGAAGGUUUCAUCAUUUAAAACACUGUAAAAAUGUCAUGUAAGCAACAAUGUGAUACAUUUCAUGUAGUCUGUGUAAUAAUGUUAUCAUGCAAGUGUAUCACACAAGUGUGUUAUUUAAAAUACCCAUUGUUGUUAUAUCCUAGUACAGUAAUGAUAUUUACCAAUUAUGUAAAAUGUGAUAAUGGCUGGAACAAAUUUUCACAAUGCAGGGAAUAGAACUAUUAGCUAUGAAAACAGAGAUUCUGAAUGUCUUCACUUAUUUUUUUAAAGGCCUGACUGAAAAACAGGAACAAAUUAAACCCUAAAGAUGUUUUCUACUGUUGUUUUUAAUCUGGGAAAUAGAAAUAUAAUAAUGAUCUUUAGGUGACACAAUGACUAGAGUGCCAGCCCUAGAGUCAGGAAGAACUGAUUUCAACUCCAGUCUAAAAAUUUUAUCAGCUGUGUGGCCAUAGGCAAGUCAUUUCACUUUUUGGUUUUCUUAUCUGUAAAAUGAGCUGGAGAAGGAAAUGGCAAACUACUCCACUGUCUUUGCCAAGAAAACCCCAAAAGGCACACACACAGUUUGGACACAACUGAAAAUGAUUAAACAAAAGCAAUGGUAAUGUUUGCCAUUAUGUAUAUUUAUUAAACAAAAGCAAUGGUGACUUUUGCCAUUACACACACACACAAACACACA